GAAAUUCAUGCUAUGGAUUUUAUGGAUACAGUUCAACCAUCUGUUCUUAAGUUGCCAAGCCACUAUAUUGUGAUUGUUGAAAGCUAAAGAGACAAGCUUAAAAUCAGAGUCUAUCCAAAGAUGUAUCCAAUUGUCUUUAAAAUCAAUUUGAUGGCUUUCAUAACUCCAUAAAACUCAGCAUGCAGAGCAAAGGAAGAACCUAGGUUUUCAAUAAAGCAACCUAUAAAGUUGGAGGAGUGAUUAUGAAAAUACCGCCGAUAGCGACCAUACCAGAAAGCACAAAGAGCAGUUCCGUCCAUAUUGCAUUUUGUCCAAGAAUGAGGUGGGGGAUUCCAAAUGACUUCAAUAAUUUUGGGGGCUUUGUGAGGAUGUGAGAGUACCCGAAAAGCUUUCAAAAUACCAAACUCUAAAAUAUUGUUUGAUGUAGUCGCCUUUAUGAGAUUUUCGGAUAAACUAGUGCUGGAUACAAUCAGGAAGGAUGGUAAUUUGACAUUCCUUUGACCAAGCUGAAUGACAAGCAUCCCAAAUGCCCAGAAAGUUGAGAUGGAGAUUUCAUUGAAGAGGGUUGACUAACCAGUUCCAGAUUUGUUGUGCAAAGCCGCAAUGAAGAAAGAGAUGUUCAGUAGACUCUGCAGAACAAUCACAUAAGUUGCAUUUAGAGGGGUGCAGAUUUUUAUGCUUUUGAAUCCAUUGAAGAUUUCUAGUUCUUAUGGUGUGAGUUUGGUUUAUGCUGAAGAUGAUUGAAAAGAAAAUUUGUUGGAGAUGAAUACAGCGAAAAUUUGGCGUCAAAGCAUGGGCGAUAUGCAGAUCUUUUCUGGAUCACGAUACCGUCCACCGACGAAGAAGCCAAUGUUGAUUGUUGUUCUGGUUUCAUUUGUAAUCAUGUUUGUUGUAACUUGUGCUUAUCUUUAUCGGCCGCGAAAUCGUACAGUUUGUAACAUGUUCUCUACUAGAAAGUGCAAAGACAUUGCUGAUUGGCUUCCUCCUGUUCCUGUAAGGGACUACACUGAUGAUGAGAUUGCAGCACAGGUUGUUUUUAGAGAUAUUUUGAACACACCAGUAGUCAUGCCAACGAAUCCGAAAAUCGCUUUCAUGUUUUUGACGCCGGGUUCUCUACCGUUUGAAAAACUGUGGGAUAACUUCUUCCAAGGUCAUGAAGGGAAGUUCUCUAUUUAUGUUCACGCGUCUCAGACUAAACCAGUUCACGCGAGCCGUUACUUUGUUAAUCGGGAUAUACAUAGUGGCAAGGUGGUAUGGGGAAAAAUAUCGAUGGUUGAUGCAGAGCGACGACUGCUGGCAAAUGCGCUACAAGAUCCUCAUAACCAGCACUUUGUUUUACUUUCUGAUAGCUGCGUGCCGCUGUAUAAUUUUGAUUACAUUUUCGAUUAUCUGAUGUAUACAAAUAUCAGCUUUGUAGACUGCUUUCGUGAUCCUGGUCCGGUUGGAAAUGGCAGAUAUUCAGAACGCAUGUUACCCGAAGUCGAGAUUAAGGACUUUAGAAAGGGUGCUCAGUGGUUCUCAAUGAAACGGCAACAUGCUAUUAUGGUUAUGGCGGAUCACCUGUAUUACUCGAUAUUUCAGGCUCACUGUGAGCCCGGUGUAGAUGGGAAGAAUUGCAUUGCAGAUGAGCAUUACUUACCGACCUUCUUCUCGAUUGUCGACCCCGGCGGAAUCGCAAACUGGUCAAUAACUCAUGUUGAUUGGUCUGAACAAAAAUGGCAUCCGAAAUCAUAUGUGACUCAGGAUAUUACUUUCGAUCUUUUGAAUACUAUUACGUCCAUUGACGAAAGCGUACACGUGACCAGUGACGAGAAGAAAGAAGUACUAAGAUGGCCUUGCUUAUGGAACGGAAUUCAGAAGCCGUGUUACCUAUUUGCUAGGAAAUUCACUCCUGAAACAGAAGACAGUUUGUUGAAGCUUCUCUCCAAUUAUUCAUCCUCUUGAGCCAGCGAUUUUUUCUAUCGAUUCUUUGGUGGGAUCAGACGUUGCUUUCGGCCAUCGUCUUGGUUUCUCAUAUGGUACAUGAGUUGUAAAUUGUAGCAAAAUUGAGGUGACUGAUCACAUGCUAGCUGUUGAUAUUGUGUCAAGUUGAAGUACUCGAAACGCGGUUAGAAAGGUUUAUAUAGAAGUUAAUGAUUUUACUUUGGACUCAUAGGUGAUUCAUAGGAUGAAUCAUUUCCACCCUCUCCCAUUUUGGUUUAUUAAAGUUUUGCAAUUGCAUAACAUGGUUUUAGGGAGAGGGUGGAUGGUACUCAUUUUCUAAGUAGUCUUCUGUAAAACUUACAUAGUGAUUGAAUGAAAAUAUACAAAUGUUGUUGGCAA